CGGUUGCACUGGGGUUCGGACGAGUACGGAACGCCUGGAGGGACAGCCUGGGUGAACGCUCACUGAUGGCUCAGUUGGGAGCAGUUUUGGCUGUGGCUGCCAGUUUCUUGUGUGCAUCUCUCUUCUCAGCUGUGCACAAGAUAGAAGAGGGACAUAUUGGGGUGUAUUACAGAGGCGGUGCCCUGCUGACUUCCACCAGCGGCCCUGGCUUCCAUCUCAUGCUCCCAUUCAUCACAUCCUAUAAGUCUGUGCAGACCACACUCCAGACAGAUGAGGUGAAGAAUGUACCUUGUGGGACAAGCGGUGGCGUGAUGAUCUACUUCGACAGAAUCGAGGUGGUGAACUUCCUGGUCCCACACGCAGUGUAUGACAUAGUGAAGAACUACACUGCCGACUACGACAAGGCGCUCAUCUUCAACAAGAUCCAUCACGAGCUGAACCAGUUUUGCAGUGUCCACACGCUUCAGGAGGUCUACAUCGAGCUCUUCGAUCAGAUUGAUGAAAAUCUCAAACUGGCUUUGCAACAGGACCUGACCUCCAUGGCCCCCGGGCUCAUCAUCCAAGCUGUGCGGGUGACAAAGCCCAACAUACCUGAAGCCAUCCGCAGGAACUACGAGCUGAUGGAAAGUGAGAAGACGAAGCUUCUGAUUGCUGCCCAGAAGCAGAAGGUGGUGGAGAAGGAAGCCGAGACAGAGCGCAAGAAGGCCCUCAUUGAGGCAGAGAAAGUGGCUCAGGUGGCAGAAAUCACCUAUGGGCAGAAGGUGAUGGAGAAGGAGACAGAGAAGAGAAUUUCGGAAAUCGAAGAUGCUGCGUUUCUGGCCCGGGAGAAGGCCAGGGCGGAUGCCGAGUGCUACACUGCCAUGAAAAUAGCCGAAGCAAAUAAGCUGAAGCUGACCCCUGAGUAUUUGCAGCUGAUGAAGUACAAGGCGAUCGCUUCCAACAGCAAGAUUUACUUUGGCAAAGACAUCCCUGACAUGUUCGUGGACUCCGCGGGCAGCCUGGGCAAGCACUUGGAGGCGCUAGCUGACAAGCCGAGCUUUGGCGUGGAAGAGGAGCCCUCGGAGGCAGACGCCGAGGAGAACUGAAUGUUUCUGCCCCCGGCCGCACAUGACCCUCAAAGAGAUCUUUAUUUUUUAAUGAUGAACCAGCCCUCCCUUCCACACUACCUUCUUUGACUCUCUUCCACGUACUGUGGUGAAAAAAGAAGAAACGGACUUAAACCUAUUCCCCUUCCUGGGAAGCGGGGGCAGGGACUGAUGAAUUGGGGUUUUCUUCAGGUAAGUAGGUUACGUGACUUCUGUUAAGAUUUGGAAACCAUGGGCUAGACCUUUGACCUGCAGGCACUGAUUUUUGCCCUUUUGAAGCUGGCUUAAUUAGGGAUGCUAUUAAUAAGGAGUGGGAGAAAUGCAGGGUGUCGCCUCCAAUCGGACUGCCCUUAUUUGGGGAAAGGCAGUCCAGUGUUCUCAUCGUGCCUCCAAGGUGGGAGAUGCCCGUGGGUGAGGCCCAGCUACCGAGCAAAUAUGUGCUUGUAAGUUUGCCAGCAGAGCUGUGGAGAAACGGCUGCGGUGGA